AAAAAAUAAAAAGAAAAAUAGAGAAAGUCGUCGCCUUUCUAAAAGAAAAAAAGUCGUCGCCAAUGCUACAAACGCGUGCACUCUCUUUCACAAUAAAUAGGACACAAUAAAAACAAGCAAAGUUCCCCUGCAAUUUUCUCUCAUUUGCUUCCAUCGCACAAUCAAUACUCUUUCAUGGCUUCUUCUUCUUCCUCUUCUCGUCAAAUGAAUCAUCAAGUUUUCCUGAGCUUCAGAGGUGAAGAUACACGCCUUAACUUUACCGCUCAUCUACUCAAAGCUUUGAAAGGCAAGGGACUUGAUGUUUUCUUUGAUGAAGAAAGUCUGGAGAAAGGGAAGAAAUUUACACCAGCACUUUCUCAAGCAAUUGCAGCCUCAAGACUCUCAAUAAUCAUAUUAUCUUCAGACUAUGCUUCUUCAAAAUCAUGCUUGGCUGAAGUCUCCUACAUCAUGGACCGCAAGCGCACUGCAGGACAUUUUGUUCUUCCCAUCUUUUACCAUGUCGAUGCUUCCAAAGUACGGAAUAUUGGUGGGAGUUUCAAAACAUCCUUUGACAACCAUGAAUCAAAAGGGCUGGAUCAAGUACAGCGAUGGAAAGCUGCCUUCGCUGCAGUCGGUAAAUUAGAAGGGCGGCAUAUAGGAGGCGAAUUCGACAGACCUGAAACCGAGCACAUCAAGGAUAUUGUUGACUAUGUCAUACUAAAGUUGAUGAAACACCAAGUUUUUUUGAGCUUCAGAGGCGAAGACACAGGCCUUAACUUUACCGCUCAUUUACUCAAAGCUUCGGCAGACAGGGGAAUAAAUGUCUUUUCUGAUAAAGGGGAACAAUUUUCUCAAGCAAUUUCAGUCUCAAAUAUUUCAAUAAUUGUUUUGUCUGUCCACUAUGCCUCUUCACAAUCAUGCUUGGCUGAGCUAUAUGAGAUCAUGGACCGAAAGGACAGUCAAGGUCAAAUUGUUCUUCCCAUCUUUUAUCACGUUGAUCCUUCCGAUGUACGAAAAAUUGGUGGGAGUUUCAAAACAUCCUUUGAUGGCCAUGAAUCAAAUGAUCCACGUCAAGUACAACAAUGGAAAAAGGCCUUUGCUCAAGCCGGUGAAUUAAAAGGGUGGCAUAUCGAAGGCGGCAAGUUCGAUAGACCUGAUUCGGAGUAUAUUAAAGAUGUCAUUGAGUAUGUCAUAAAAAGGUUGAAUAGUAAGUCUACAAGUGUUUCUGAAGACUUGGUUGGAAUAGAUGAUCAGAAGAAGGUGAUUGUGGGGCUGGUUGAGCAAGAAGACAGUCGUGUAGUAGGACUUUUGGGAAUGGGUGGUAUAGGCAAAACUACCCUUGCUGAUGCUGUAUAUAAUGAAAUCUCUCCAAAGUUUCAAAGUCGUUGCUUUCUUCAAAAUGUUAGAGAGGGAAUAAAAAACAAAGGGAUGGUAUCCCUAAGAAAUGAACUUCUUUCCAAACUAUUAGACGACAAAAUUGAGAUAGACACCCCUUCCAUAGGAUCCGAUUUUAUCCAAGAGAGGCUGAACAAUAAAAGAGUCAUUGUUGUGUUUGAUGAUGUUGAUGACUCAGACCAAAUAGAUUGCAUGGGCAUUGAACAUUUCGGUGAUGGAUGUAAGAUCAUUGUAACAUCUAGAAAUAGACAAGUGCUUAAGAAUGGAGGAGCUAACAAAAUACAUAUGGUGAAGAAAUUAAACUGGAUCGACUCUCUUCAACUUUUUUCUAAAUUUGCAUUUAAGGUGUUGAAUCCUGCUGUUGAGUUUCUAGAUCUGUCGUACAAGUUCGUAGAUUACGCCCAAGGUAGUCCACUUGCUCUUAAAGUUUUGGGUUCUAAACUAUAUUCAAAGUCUAGAAAAGAGUGGGAAAGCGAGGUGGAUAGACUAAAGCAAUAUGGCCAACCAAAAAUUUCUCAGAUCUUGAAGAGUAGCUUUGAUGGGCUGGAUGAGCUAGAGAAGAGUAUAUUUCUCGACAUAGCAUGCUUCUUUAAAGGCGAACCCAUGGAUGAUGUAGAAAAAAUUCUAAGUAGUUAUUAUACGGGUGCAGUAUGUGGAAUAAGCAACUUGAUUGACAAGUGCCUACUUGAAACCAUAGAUUCUCAGUUUAUUGCUAUGCAUGAUGUGCUGGAAGAGAUGGGGAAGGACAUUGUUGACCGUGAAUCUAAAGACCGUGGAAAGCGCAGUAGGUUGUGGAAUUCUAAUGAUGUACAUCAAGUGCUCAAACAUAAUAAAGGAACUGACCGAAUCGAAGGAAUAAAGUUAGACAUGUCUAAAAUUGAUAACCUGCGGUUACGUCCUUAUGUUUUUGAGAACAUGAUUAAUCUUAGAUAUAUUCACUUCUAUGAUCCUCUGUUUUGGAACCGGAAUAAGAAGCUACAUGCAGACGGGGUUGAUAGUGUAUCUCUUCCUGAUGAACUAAGAUAUAUUUGUUGGCAAAAUUACCCCUUCAAAUCUUUGCCAUCAAAUUUCAAUACAAAGAAUCUUGUCGUGUUGAGAUUACGUGGUAGCCACAUGGAACAACUUUGGAAUGAAGAUGCUAAUAUGGAUAUUGUUAAUUUAAGGGUAAUUGACGUUUCUGACUGCAAGAAUUUAAGGAAGAUCCCUAAUCUAUCAGGAGCCGUCAACCUCAAAAGCCUUAACUGUCAGAGAUCUGAAAGUUUGGUUCAAAUUCCUUGCCUCAGACAUUUGACAUCUCUUAAAGAGUUUAAUCUUGAGGGAUGUUAUGAAUUCAAAAAGUUUCCUGAGCUCCCAAUUAACUUUUCUGUGCUAGAUUUAUCAUUCACUGGAAUUGAAGAAGUGCCUGAUUCAAUUGAGCAUCUCCUGAGACUUGGAACGCUGAAUUUGAGUUGUUCUAAGGUAAAAAAUGUAUCGAGCAAUAUUUCAAAGUUGAAAUCCCUUCGUAGUAUAGAUCUUAGUUAUUGCCCUGUGGUCGAGUUCCCGGAAAUCCCCUUGAGCUUAACAAGAUUAGACUUAUCUUGGACUGAAAUUGAGGAAGUGUCCUUGUCUUUCGACUCUUUAAGUAAUCUUCAAUACCUAAAUUUGAGAGGCUCAAGUAUUCAAAAGCUACGAUGCAAUAUUGCCCUCUCUGGUUCGAGAGAGAUUCCAACAAUUGAUGCGCCCUCACCAGUCUUGAGGUCUAAAAGCCUUGGAUGUUUGGAAGUGGAUUUUUGCUUUAGCCUUGAAUUACUCUCAGGGCUUCCACCGUAUAUGCGGGAGUUGCAUGCACGUCAAUGCAUGGACUUGGAAAAAGUAUCGUUUGCAGAUCAAAAUUUAUAUAAAUUCGAUUCUUCAGAUUAUUAUGAUGAUGAUGAUUGUGGAGAGUUUCUCAUGUUAUUCUCUGAAUGCAUAAGCUUGAAUCGAGAUUCAAUUGAUAAUAUUGAGGCAAAUGCCAUGCUCAAAAUUGGAUUCCUAGCAAAGACAUGGAUAGCGGCAGGGAAAUAUGCUUGUUAUUUAAGAAGAUUGAUUUGCUGUUUCCCGGGCUACAACAUUUCAGCAAAUAAGUUCAAGUAUCAGAGUAACAAUUCUCGGUUGAACUUGAAGAUAGACCCAAAUGGGUAUACUGGGGGCAGGUUCUUGGCUUUUGCUAUCUGCCUUGUGGCUGAUCUCACUCAGUACUGCCAUCGCAGGGAAGAUCUUGAAUUUAUCUGUGAAUAUCAACUGACAUCUGCCAGUGGCGAUUGUUAUGAAAAAUUCCGUAGUGAGUUUUCUUACGAGCUAGUUUCUGAGAAAGGACCAACAUACAUAGGUGAUCAUGUGUUGGUUCUAUUUAGUGAAGAUAUGAUUCAAGAAGACAAGAACUAUGAGGAGGCAUCAUUUGAAUUCUACAUCAAAUAUUCGUACUACAAUGAUGAAGAGGAAGACAAACCUGAAUUCGAUGAAAUCAUUGUUGAUCAAUGUGGUGUUCAUGUAUUUUACGUGGAUGCUGAGAGAGAUACCAAUAGUGAUUGGAUGAGCAAUAAUGAAACCAGCCAGAGUUUUUCCUCUAGAGAAGAUGCCAAUAUUGAGGAAGAUGGCAUUGAAUCCAGGGAAAGUUUCAACUCUGAUGAGAUGAGAAAUGAUGAAUCCGACCAAGAAGAUGCUAAUAUUGAGAAGAUCCAUGACAAUUCUGCUGCAGAAAUAAGACGUGCUGUGUACAAGAGAAGUUUUAUCUAUGAUGGGGAAGAAGGGCAUAAAAGGAUGAAAUAGUUUAAUUUCUCUUCUUUGGGCCUGUUUUCGAGGAGAUGCAAGUUCCCCACAAUGUUAUCCUAAUUCCUAACGCACAGGAUCAGUGGUGCCCAUGCGAUUGGUCUAAGGAAAGCAUAUGAGGAAACAUGGCAGAUCUUUGGGCAGACCAUUAUACUUUGAGCUCAUUCAACACAUGGAGCUGGUGAGUUUGUGAUGAACCACUUGGGUUUUGUUUGAAGUGAAGAGUCGGUUUCAUUGAAACUUCAUCAUUGUAUGUUACUGCCUCUCAGGUUGUUUCAGCACUGAUUACAUAAAUCAUUUUCCUUUUCAUAUUUAACAUCA